AUAUUUAUUUUUCUUCGUACGCGCGCAUUUCAUCAUCAUCGUGACAAAAAUUAAAACAAAUUACAAAACAUGUUAUUCCGUUGUGCGCGCGCAGCAUUUGAAUAAUAAUAACAACGACGACGAUACCAGCUUGCCACAUAUAGCGAGUAUCCGCGCGAGUGCGCGACGGCGACCGAGUUGGUAAUUGGUAUUCGGUAGUUUAGUUUCGGUCGACUCUCGGACUUCUCGGAGGUCUCGAACUCUCGGCUGUCUUGACUAGUCGAAGAUUGAACUGGUUGAAGUCGUCUGUCUCGACUCUUACUUGUCAGUCCGCUACUGUCCGGUGUCCAGUUCUCGAACGGCGACCUGUGAGUGCAGUCGACAGUUGAUGCUUGCACGCGGAAAUCGAUAUGGACGAACGCGACGAGCUGGUGACGGACGCCGGAGGGAUCGACGUGCAGUUUUCGGACGUGUCGUACUCGGUAACCGUCUGGACGCCGGGCAGGAUAUUCAGUCCUGAAAAAAAGCSGAUUUUAAGAAAUGUCAGCGGCACAUUCUACAAGAAACAAGCAUGUGCCAUAAUUGGAUGUUCUGGAUCUGGCAAGUCUUCGCUGUUGAAUUUUAUCUCCGGUUAUAAGACAUGUGGCUACAAAGGAGAUGUAAUUAUUAACGGACAGCCUCGCAAUCGAAAACAUUUCAUGAAACAAUUGAGUUAUAUAAUGCAAGAAGAUAACUUACAACCUCACCUUACUGUAUUAGAAUCAAUGGAAAUAGCCUCAAAACUUAGAAACUGUACUGUACAACUUGAUGUCUACCACAAAAUCUUAAUUAAAAGAAUAUUGGAUAAUUUGAAGUUGUCAGAAAAAGAAAACACAUUGGCAGGACAUUUAUCUGGGGGCGAGCGUCGACGACUGUCUAUUGCUGUAGAAUUAAUACGUAAUCCAAAAGUGAUGUUUUUUGAUGAACCAACUACAGGUUUAGAUGUGGUAUCUGCAAAUUAUGUGGUAUCUAUGCUAAGAGACCUAGCCAAUUGUGGUAAAACAAUUAUAUGCACUAUACAUCAGGCAUCUUCUUCCCAAUUGGAAAUGUUUAAUGCUUUAUACAUACUAUCACCCACGGGUCAGUGCAUUUACCGUGGACAGUCAUCAAGUCUUAUUAAUUAUUUGUCAUCUGUUGGUCUCCAAUGUCCCUUACAUCAUAAUCCUGCAGAUUUCGUCAUUGAAGUGAKUUCUGGAGAAUAUGGCGAUCACAACGAAAUACUUGUCAAGUAUAUUAAUAAUGGAAAAUCAAAUGACUGGAAUAAUGAAAAAAGUAUUGAAAACACAGAUGUUCAAAUGCAAUACCACCGGUCUAAUUAUUCUCAACAUAAAUGCAUCUUAAAAUUUUUCAAUGAACUACGAAUACUUAUUAGUAGAACAUUAAUCAUCUCAUCUAGAGACAGUGACUUCAUCAGAGUAAGAAUAAUUGUACCUCUUUUAAUGAGUUUACUGUUUGGUUCUGUAUAUUUAAAUAUUGGCAAAAGUGGUUCCUUCACACGGGAUAAUGUAAUAAUGUUAUACUUCAGUAUGAUGGCCAUUGUUUACUUAUCUGCCUACUCAAUGUCAAUUAAAUUUCCAAUGGAAUUGUUACUUAUGAGGUUAGAAUAUUUCAACCAAUGGUAUUCACUUCGUUCAUAUUACACGUGUGUGACGUUAAUGGAUCUACCUUUACAGAUUAUUUCCACGGGAUUAUUUUGUAUCGUGAUUUAUUUAAUGACUGGACAACCAUUUGAAUUAUUCAGAUUUUUAAUGGUUUUUUUAAUGUUAAUUGUAACUGGUUUGAUGUCUCAAGCAACAGGCAUGUUAGUCGCAGUUUUGUUCAAGAAUUUUCUUAUAAAUACUAUUGUUAUAUCUUCAAUUAUCUUACCAAUGACAAUAUUUGCGGGCAUUAUGUUACGUAUCAAUGACACACCAAAAUUAUAUAGUUGGAUUUAUGAUGUUUCUAUGUUGAAACAUUCAAUGCAAGGUAUUUUACAUGCUAUUUAUGGUUUCAAAAGAUCUGCAUUGCCUUGUCCAGAAAUUUAUUGUUAUAAUGGCUCACCAGAAUUAGUUCUCAAAGAUGUAAGUAUGAGUGAUAAUAUGUUUUGGACUAGCAUCGGAUACAUCACAGCUGUAUUUUUAUUCCUUAAAAUUUGUACUUAUGUUAUUUUAAAACAUAAACUUUCCUGAAAAAAAUAAUUUUUUAUGUUUUAUGACUAAUAUUUGUUACUAGUUACUAGUCAGUGUUGGUAUAGUUAAAAAAUCUAUUUGUUUGCAUAAAAUAUAUUUUUAUAGUUAUAUAAUUGCAUAUCUUCUGUCAAGUCAGAUGAUUAAAAUUAAAAUACAGUAUUUAUAAUUUUAUAUUUACUAAGACUGUUGUAAGCACAGCUAUAGCUUAUAGAUUAUCUAUUACAGUAAAUGUUCACAUGUCUUUAAAAAUAAUUUAGUUCCCUUAUUAUAGCUUCUCUCUCUAACAAUAUUCUUACUGUUCAACUGUUAUGGUUUAUAAGAUAAAUAUUAUUAUGUGUUUUAAGUUAAAUUGGUAUGUAGUAUGACAUAGAUAACCCAAAUAUUUUUGACUAAAAAUAAUGGUUGUUGGGUAAAUAAUCGAUUUGAAGACUUUAUUUUAUUAUGUUUUCUUUAAUAUUAUAAUAGAUUUUAUGUACAAAUGUAUUGCUAAAUUGACAUUAUUCUAUAAUUAAUGGAUAAAAUUUAAUGAUUUAAAAUGUAUGAUGCGCAUACAGACCAUUUGUGAAAUSCAGCACUCUCCUCAUUUACAAAACAACAGAAUUUGAUUGACCCACCUAUCAAAUUUACUUCUAGCAAACUUUAAUUCUUAGUAGAGAACUAAAAUUUCCAGACAAUUCAAUGCUCUAGUAUUUUUCUCAAAAUUUUYCAAUAAAUAAUUAAUUAAAAUGAGGUCUAAAAUCAAAACUAUAAUCUCUUAUUGGCUAUUUUUUAUUUAGGAUCAUCGUUUUGCUGUAUAGCCUACAGAUAUAUAGGAAUCACGUUCAGACCAAAUGUCAAUAUAGUUUACAUGUGUAUAAAAUAAAUAAAAUGUUGCAUGUGAAAAUUACCAAUAUCAAAACCUAAACUAAUGUUUCAGGUGAUUUUGUUUGAUCUGAAUGCAAUUUAAAACUAUAAAAUUUUUUUUUUAUUAUAUUAGAUUUUUAGUCAUUAAUUAUUAUUAUUAUACUAUUAUAGU